AUGGCUGAUGAUUAUGAUGAAAAUACAACCGUGAAUGCUGAUCCUAUAAAUGACAAUGAUGACACGCCCACCACUGAAUGUCAACCGAACGUAAAUGAGACAACAGGUUUUCUGCAAUUCAAUGAAAUUGAGAAGAAAGAAUGUGAAGAAUCUAUGACCGCUGCACGGGAACAUGAUCUUUUCAAUUCUAAUGUUAUCAUACUUGGCAGUAUUCCACCAAAGGAUACACAGAAUUGUGAGCAGCGGCCCAAAAGAAGGAAGCCAAAUGAACUUGAAGCUCUUGGUGUUACCGAGGUCAAGGAUCAAUUUGAUUCGUUUAGUGAUGACACCAAUAAAAUUUACAGAAAAUAUAGACUUAGAAAUGUAUCUAAACCUGAGUAA